AUGGCGGGCCCACUCCCUGCGCCGCCAGCCCUGCCGCUGCUGCGGCUGCUCACCGUGUGCGUCGUCGUCGCUGCGGUCGCCGCGUUGCCCAUGGCGGCGGAGGGGUUUCGCUUCACUGCUCGUCCCGGGCGAAAGUGCUUCACGGAGGACCUGCCGGAGGCGGGCCGCUAUGAGCUCCACUACAAAAUGACCCGCAGCCUGACGCCGUUUGUCUCCGUCGGCGUCUCGGCCCCCGGCGGGCGGGUUAUCGUGGAGCACGCCACGGCGCAGGCCGACGCGAAGGAGAUCUUCGCGGUGGAGCGCAAAGGGGAGAUCGCGGUCUGCUUCAACGUCGCGGAGAAGGCGCGGUACAGCGCCACCUCGUUUAACGUGACGCUGGAGGUGACGGACGCCGAGGACGCCGAGCUGACGCGGCAGAAGCGGCAGACGUACAGCACCUCAAGCGCCAUCGCCGUCGGCGUCGGCAAAGCCAGCGGGGCGCUGCAGCAAAUGGAUUACAUCUUCCGCACGGCGCUGCGCAUCCGCUUCGCCGUCACGAGCCUGAUGGCGGCCGAUGCGGACAUACGCUACUCACUUAAGGAGAUGAACGAAGUUGCGUGGAACUACGUGUAUGUGUUCGCCGCCAUGGCGACGCUGAUAUCGCUCGCGACUUACUUCCGCCUGCGUCAGUACUUUCAGUUACGGAAGUAUAUUUAA